AUGACGAACCCUUCUCAGCUCUUCCUCCUUGCAGAUCACAUCAAGCUCUCUCUCCUAGAACGGCAACGCGCGAUUUCGCUAGACUUGGAGCCCAACAGUCAGGAUGGAGAGAUCUCACGCUCGUUGGACUCUCUUCGGGAAGGUAUCGAGGGAGUGGAAGCGGAAUGUUCCAGACUCGAGGAUGCCGGCGACGAAGGGGCCCCUGCCAUGAGAGACCAGCUAGGCCACUUGCAAUCGCAAUUCAGCAACCUCUCUACUCAGUUUCAUGGACAAGAUACCUUCAACACCUCCGCCGAUCUGCAAUUUACCACCAUCAAGAAGUCCUCUCCCGAUCUGAAACAGCCAGUUCCACAGCAUCCGCCUUCCAAAUCGGUUCGUUUCAUGGACGCGGCGGCCGAAGAGGACGAUCUGAACCGUCGCAACCUAUUCCAGCCGUAUCGCGACGCGCCUUCCCCCGACGGGGUGGACCAGUCAGAAAUAUCCAACCAGCAGAUCUAUGACCAUCAUUCUCAGGUCAUGCGCGAGCAGGACGAGCAGUUGGAUCGUCUAGGAGAAUCCAUUGGACGACAACACCAGCUCAGUAUUCAGAUCGGGGAUGAGCUGGAAGGCCAUGUUGCCCUUUUAGAUGAUAUGGAUGGCCAUGUGGAGAGACAUCAAAGCCGAUUGAACGGAGCGAGGCGGAGACUCGACAAGAUCCGGAGAAGUGCCGGCGAUAACUGGAGUAUGAUGACCAUUAUUGGGCUGAUUAUUGUCCUGGUUAUCUUGAUUGUCCUUUUGAAGUGA